GUCGCAGGCCGCCUCCUCCUGAUUCCGGCAGCCCCUCCUUAUGGCGUUCUGGGGCGUGGAGGUGAAGCCCGGGAAGCCCUACACCCACCGCUACCAGUCGUCCCAUGGCCGUCUCAGGAUUUCCCAGGCUACACUGGGCAGCUGCGAUGCCGCUAAAAGGUCGGUGCUGCAAUGCGUUGUUGGUAACAAGGCACCCAUCAUAGUCUGUAGCCUGAAUCCUCGAUUGGCUGAGAUGUGCCAUCUUGAGAUUGAGUUGGAGGAGGUCGAUGAGGUUCUGUUUUCAGUGCUUGGUCCGAGUUCCGUGCAUCUCUCUGGGUAUUACCUCCGGCCAAGCAGCAGGAGCGGCGCAGGAGACGAUGAAUCAGAAUCUUAUGGAGAGGAUGUUGGAGAGUCUGAUACAGAUCGAGACUAUGAUGAGAGUGAGGACAGUUACGAAUCUGACUUUAUUGAUGAUGGUGACGAUGAAGUACCUGAGGACAAUGAUGUUUCUGAAUCUAUGGAUGAUGGGGAUGUAUGCUCCUCCCCUGAUAGCCACAAGACAGGUAUGUUGUCCUCUGAAAAACAUGCUGGUAAGGUUAAACGACUGCGACGCUCAAAGAAGAAGCACCAAGUUGAUAGCACCGACGACGAGAUUGAAGAUUCUUCAUGCAAGCCAACCGCCAGGCACAAUUUCCGUUCAAUAUUUGAUAGUGGCAGUGAAGAUGAAGACUUGCCAGCUAACAAAACUAAUGCAUCUGAAGAGCAUGCUAGUAAGGUUAAACGACGGCAACACUUAAAGAAGAAGCACCAAGUUGACAGCACCGAGGACGAGAUUGAAGAUUCUUCAUGCAAGCCAACCACCAGGCACAAUUUCCAUUCAAUAUUUGAUAGUUGCAGUGAAGAUGAAGACUUUUUGGCCAAAGAGGAAGACUUGCCAGCUAACAAAACUAAUGCAUCUGAAGAGCAUGCUGAUAAGGUUAAAAGAGGGCGGCGCUUAAACAAGAAGCACCAAGUUGACAGCAUCGACGGAAAGAUUGAAGAUUCUUCAUGCAAGCCAGCUUUCAGGCGCAAACCUUGUUCAAUAUUUGAUAGUGGCAGCGAAGAUGAAGAUUUUUUGGCCAAAGAGGAAGUUUUGCCUUCUCUGUCUGAGAAAACUAAUGGUAAAGUUUCCAAGGAAAACAAACCUGGAAAUGUUGCCUCAAAGGAGGAGACCAAAAAGAAGAGCAGAAAUGACAGGAAAAGAAAAAGUGAUACCAUCGAUCAGGAUCCUGCAUCCCCAAUGGACGAAACAGAGGUCAAUGGGUCAUCAGUUCCAAAACAAGAAGCUGAAUUGAAAAAGAAGUCCAAGAAAAAGAAGAGAACUGCAUCAGAGGCAGAUGAUGGAAAGCAUUCCAACAACAUUAGAACACUUGAAAAUGGGCUGGUCAUAGAAGAUCUGUCAGCAGGGAAACAAGAUGCAAAAGUGGCUUCAAAUGGCAGCAAGGUUUAUAUCAAUUAUGUUGGCAAGCUGCAGAAUGGGAAAACCGUUCAUCCUAAUGCUAAGGAAAAGCCCUACAAGUUUAAGCUCGGUUCUGAGAAAGUGAUCCCUGGAUGGAAUCUUGGUAUUGAUGGUAUGCACGUCGGCGACAAAAGGAGGCUAACUGUCCCUCCAUCCCUGUGUGAGAACGGCGGUAAAUUAUUUGAACAAGUGCCCAAGAAGAAAACAAUCUUCUACGAAGUCGAGCUGGUGAAAGUCAAGUGAAAAGCGAGCUUCUUGUUCCUGUUUUGUGCGGAAGGCAGGAGGAUUUUUUUGUCCUAGCUAGGGAUGGUGGUUGCAUAGUUUGUUGUUCACAGGCCAUGCGUUUUUGGUUGACGGAAUCAUUCUGCAGUCACAUCAUGCAGAAGUGGAGAGUUUGUUAAGGUUUUCGUGAAGCAUUCGAGGUAGCAAAUACUAGAUCAGUUUGCGUGAUGCUGCUACUGCAAUCUCCAAAUGUGAGGAUCUUGUUCCUGUCAGUGUGACAUUUCUGUGU